GUAUGUUUUUUUCUUUUACAAUUUAUUUUAGGAAACAAUGUCAAUGGCCCACAAUAUCUAGAUUCCCCUCCUAUAAACAAACCUAUCUAAUAUCCAUCAAUCAACCCCCACACAACAUCUUUUCAAUCCCUCACCACAACCUACUUCUCCUCCCUCCUCUAUAUAUAUUUAUGCUCACACUUUCCUUUUGGUUCAUCAAAUUCUCAUCAUUCCCAAAUCAUCAAUCCCUUUUCGGCAUAUAUAGAGCUAGCUUUGCUCUUCAUUUUCUCUCAAGAAAAAAAAAACCCUAAUUAAAAAGUCAAUUGAUUUCUCUUCAUAUAUAUCAAAAGUCUAAAGCUAACAGCAGCUUCUUGAAGUGGAACAAAGAAUUGAUGUCAGGGGUUUGGGUGUUCAAGAAUAAUGGAGUGUUUCAGCUCGUGGAAAACCCGGGGGGCGAUCAGCAGCAGCAGCAACAACAGCAGAACUCGAGGAGGCCGAAUAAGGGUUUGGUGCAUUUGGCAACGGGACAGGUGGUGACGUCGUAUGCAUGCUUGGAGAGAAUCCUCACUAAUUUGGGUUGGGAGAGAUACUACGGGGGCGACCCUGAUCUUUUCCAGUUCCACAAGCGUUCUUCCAUCGACCUCAUUUCACUCCCAAGGGAGUUCUCCAAGUUCAAUUCCGUCUACAUGUAUGAUAUCGUGGUCAAGAAUCCCAACGUUUUUCACGUCCGAGACCUUUAAUCUACCUACCUACCUAUAUUACUCUCUCAAAUCAUUCUAGCUCCUUGCAUGCAUGCAUAUGCCUUCUCUCCAUCAGAUGAUUAUAACUCAUGACCAGCCAGCCUUGUGUUAUUUCAAAAGAAAAGUUGAUCAUCAUAUAUAUAGCUGCAUGAAGUUCCUACCUCUCGCUGUGUGUGUGUGUGUGUGUGUGUAACGUGUGUUUUGUGAUGUAUGUAUAAAUAUGUACACAUGUGUUCGUGGUCAGUUAAUGUUAAGGGUUUUGUGAGAGUGCGAAGGAGAUGUGAUAUUUUAUUAUAUGUAACAAUCAUUGAUAUAGGUGGGAGCUAGGACGGACGGUUGGUUGGUUGGUCUUUUCAUUUUGGUCUCUCAGGUUGGUUUAUGUGUCUUUUCAGGAUCUUCUCUGUAGUAGUGUGAGUAGUGAAAAUGAUGAUGACGUGUAUCCCAGGAAAUUGGAAACCCUUUCUCAAUUUUUAUGUCAAUGUUUCAUUUGCAGCUUGACGACCUUUGUCCGUCAUUCAAAAAAUCUUUUUCGUUUCCUUCUUAAUGUUUGUAGCAAUAAGUUGACAUCCGUAUAUUUUUUAUACAGUAUAUAUUAAUUGAUGCAUACAAUAUUCCAAAGCCGGAUUGAUGGGUCUGCGGUUAAUGGCAAACCUAAGCUUAAGUUUGGAUCCCAAACCGUAUUAAUUUGUAUAGCAUAUGGAGCGAAAAAGAAACUGUGUGCGUUUUCUUUUUUUACUUUUUAGAGAAUUGAACAAACUAGAUUACUUGAGUUGAAAAGACUCUAUAUACAUAUACAUAUAUAUAU